AUGUCAAAGAUUGAAGAGAUCGACACACGUGUUAAAACAUACCUAUACGAUAUUGGCUAUCACAAAUGGUCUCGGGUACAUGCUAAGGUGAACAGAACGUGGACGAUGACAUCAAACAUUGCAGAGUCAUUGAAUACGGUAACCAAAGAUGCAAGAGAGUUGCAUGUAGUAGAACUAUUAGAGUACAUGAGGAUUCUUCUUGAACAUUGGACUAAUGAAAAGUUAUUGAAUGCAAAGGGUACGUUAACAUACCUUGGGAAAAAAUAUAACAAAGAAUUGGAAGACAACAGGACAUUAUCGCAGAAGAUGAGAGUGAGGGCUUCAAUAGAUUACACCCAUAAUGUGAUAGAUAGUGUGAAGCGCUUCAUUAUUUAUGAAAUACCAGUAGACCCGCUGCCUGACGAAAGCAAAUGGAAUGUGCCACAACAUAUAGUUGAAGAAGUUGUAAAGCCACCUACCGGGAAAAGGCAGUCAGGGAGACCUCAAAAACAAAGAUACAAACCUUAUGAUUAA